AUGAAGCUGGAAACCGCACGAGGUUUCAACGGCAAAUGCCUCGACGGCGUCAACGUGUUGUCGCUACCGCCACGCGAGGACGACGAUCGCGAGCGUCUUUUACUGGUGCAUCCUUUGGGUGGGUCGGUGUGCGUUCGGGAACUUUUUCUCGAAGGUGGUGGAAAAAGUGCAAAAAAUACGAACACGACGACGCGCAAAGAAAGGGACGGAGAAGAAGAAGAAACGAUUCCCCCGAUGUUUUUCUGCGACGAUUCCGACGUCCGCGACCAGACGCGCGUCACGUGCGCGACGACGUCGCCGUGCGGAAAAUUUAUUGCCGCCGGUUCGAGAGUGAACGUCGCGACCAACGUGGCGGUUGUGCGGUUGUGGGAAGUCGCCGGCGAAGGGAGGAGGAGGAUUAAGAAGCAAAGCGAGAGUUUAGUAAAGCUGAGCUUACAUAAAGGAGAGGUGACGAGUUUGGCGUUUUCACCGUGCUCGAAAUUCAUCGCGAGUCUAGGAGGUGCGAGCGAUAACUAUCAGCUCGUGUUGUGGCGAUUGGCAGACGGGAAGGCGAUGUGCGGACGGAACACGUUCGGAGCAACGACGGUGGCGUUUGUGAACCGAGCGAGUAUUAAUCCGAGUCUCGUGACCGCGGGCGCGGACGAGAGCGGAGUGGUAAUGUGGCAGUUUGAUAGCGCGAAGAGGUCGUUUUCGAGCGAGAAGUGUCGAUUAGGGCAGAUUAGAAGGGACGUGGUGAAGGUCGUGGUGAGUGAAAACGACGACUUUGCAUAUCUCGGGACGAAAACCGGCGACGUGUUGAAAGUGUCCUUAGAAGGGGAUCGGUUGUUUAAGAGGAAGAGCGACUAUAAAGUGAGCGGCGGGGUGACGAGUUUGGCGCUAGUGAAAGGCACCGGGAGAACCUUACUUUUAGUAGGCGGUGGUGAUGGAAGCGUGAACGUGUUGGACGCGCAGACGCUGGAUGAACAUCAUUUGAAAGGGAGCAAAGGGAACGGGAAGGUGUUUGCAAAUGGAAGGAUUACUUCGAUCGUCGUGCGCGUAUCAGAGGAAGAGGAAGAGCUUCUCGACGAAGUAGUUAAGAGUGGCGCUGUUGUUCUAACUGAAGAAGUAAAUAAACAGUACCAUCGUCGUUCACCCGCGACGGUUCUAAAAGUGCCACCAUCGAACGCGACCAUCAAACGACGUCAACGCGCGGCAAGAGAAAACGCCGACGCCAUCGUAACAACGCAUACGGUUUUGGUAGGAACGUCAAAAUGCGACGUCGAGUUGUUUCAUUUAACCAGAGAUGAUAACGACAUUAUGUAUGGAACGGGAAAAAUCGUGCCUAAAGCGGAGAAACCGUUAUCGAUCGUUUCAGCUGCUGCUGCUAAUACAGAGUCAAACGAUGGAAAAGUUUUGAUAUGCGGCAGCCACGACGCUCCGGUGAACGAUAUCGCGUUUCCUCGAAACUUCGAGGGACUCUUUGCUACCUGCGCUGGGACGGAAAUUCGACUGUGGAAAACGGAAAACUGCGAAGAGUUAUCGCGAAUUUCCGCCUCUGGAGUUUCAUCGACGUGCGAAAACGUCGUCUUUGCUCCAGACGGAUUCUCGAUCAUCUCUGCGUGGAGUGAUGGGAACAUUCGAUUUUACUCGCCAAAGUCGGGAACAUUACUUGCCACCAUAGAGGAUUGCCAUCCUGCAGGUGUAUCCACCUUAGAAAUCUCCAGGGAUGGUUCGACUCUCAUCUCCGGAGGCACAGAUGGUGCCGUGAGAGUGUGGACGCUCCCAGAUGGCGGAUACACCACCGUUGCGCUGAAAGCGUCGAUGAAAGAGCACCGCGCAAAAAUAAAUAGCGUCAACUUUUCAAACGACGAAAGUAUUGCUGCGAGCGCAUCCGACGACGGGGCGUGCAUUCUUUGGGACAUGUCUAAGUGCUCCCGUUUGCGCAUGUUGAAAUGCUUUAACAACGCGUUCGUCAAGUCUGCCUUAUUCCAUCCAGCCGAUGAUUCGAUUUUAGUCACCGCGUCUUCAGACAGAAAAAUUAUUUUUUGGGACGUUCAAACUGGCGAACCUACGCGCGAAGUCGAAGCGAACGAAACGAGCGAAGUGACUUCUUUAUCGCUGCACUCCUCAGAUGCAACCAACAGUGGUUCAAAAACCCUCCUGUUAGCCAUUUCCGGCGGCAGCGCCGACCCGGUCGUAAAAAUAUUUCGAGACGAAAGAAAAGAAGAAAAAGAAGAAGAAGAAAAAGAAGAACAAGCCGACGAAACCGUCUCGCUUCUCGCUAUCGGUCGCGCGCACUCCACGCGCGUCAACAGAGUCAAAUUCAGUCGCGACGGCAAGAGAAUCGUGAGUUGCGGUCAAGAAGGUGUCUUCGUCUGGCGGAUUUGA